GUAAUAAUGGCAUCUGGAAGUGGUCGCGGGAGAGGCCGUGGUUCAGGAUCGAACAACAGUGGAGGAAAGGACCAGAAAUAUCUGGGUACUAUCCAACCCGAUCUUUUCAUUCGUCAGCAAGGACAAUCGAAAACUGGAAGCUCUGGCCAACCGCAAAAAUGUUUCGCCAACUUCAUCCCGAUUGAAAUGACUCAAAGCGACUACAGCAUCUAUCAGUACCACGUCGAGUUUGAACCCACCGUUGAUUCGAAGGCUAACAGGGAAAAGAUGCUGCGUGAUAAUAACGUCACCGAUGAAAUCGGGCAUCAUUUUGUUUUCGACGGAAUGAUUCUCUAUCUGAAGGAGGAGUGGGAACAAAAUCAAAUGAUUGAGGUUCAACACCCUAUCGACAGAUCGUUAAUUUGCAUCCGAUUCAAGCAAACAAAUCGUUUCCUCGUCGAUGAUCCUCAAACCAUCAACAUCUUCAAUACGAUCAUUCGUCGUAGUUUCGAUGCGUUGCAGCUAACACAACUUGGUCGCAACUACUUCAACUGGGGAGAUUCUCGUGCUGUGCCAGAUUACAAUAUGAGCAUCUUGCCUGGUUAUGAGACGGCGAUCCGCAUGUAUGAGGAAAAUUUCAUGCUUUGCGUUGAAAAUCGUUUCAAGAUGGUCCGCGAAGAGUCGAUGUACAUUCUCUUUCAUAAGGAACUACGAUCGUGCCAGAACAAUCCACAACGCGUUCAAGAGAAAAUGAAUGAGAUGUACGGUGGUACCACUAUUAUCACUCGAUACAACAACAAGUUGCACCGUUACACCAGGCUCGAUUAUUCUAUCAGCCCGCUCAGUGAAUUCGUGAAGGAUGGGCAAUCCAUCACCCUGAAAGAGUACUUCAAGAAUCAAUAUGGCAUUGAGAUCACUGUUGAUGAUCAACCCAUCAUCAUCUCUGAAGGAAAGCCAAAGCAACCAGGAGAGCCUCCACAGGUCAGUUACAUUGUUCCCGAACUGUGCUUCCCGACUGGGCUAACGGAUGAGAUGCGAAAGGACUUCAAGAUGAUGAAGGAGAUCGCAAAGCACACUCGCAUGUCUCCGCAGCAAAGACUUGUUGAGAGCCGAAAACUGAUUGUGGAUUUGAGUAAGAACGAGAAGGUUAUGGAGUGCUUCAAAUACUGGGGCAUUUCUCUCGGACAAGACCUUGCAAAUGUUCAAGCUAGAGUGCUGAAAUCAGAACCUCUCCAAGGAAAGAAAACAUACGAAGGAAAGCAAGCAGAGUGGGCACGUGGCGUGAAGGAAUGCGGUAUUUACCGUGGUUCCAACAUGACGAACUGGAUUGUUAUCGGGCCUGGAUCGGGAAAUUCGGGGCUGCUGUCGCAGAAGUUCAUUGAGGAGGCUCGUCGUCUUGGUAAAAUACUUCAAGUGCAGCUGGGAGAGCCGAUGUGUGUCCCUAUUCGUGGAAUCUCGCCAAACGACUACUUGGAAGGAGUGAAAGGUGCGAUCAAGCAAGUUGAUGGGGAGGACAUUCACAUGCUCGUCGUAAUGCUCGCUGACGACAACAAAACGAGAUACGACAGUCUCAAAAAGUUCCUAUGUGUCGAGUGCCCCAUUCCCAACCAAUGCGUGAACUUGCGUACGCUGGCCGGAAAGUCCAAGGACGGAGGAGAGAACAAAAACUUGGGUUCAAUUGUUCUGAAGAUAGUACUGCAAAUGAUCUGCAAGACUGGUGGAGCUCUUUGGAAGGUGAACAUUCCGCUUAAAAACACAAUGAUCGUCGGCUACGAUCUGUACCACGACUCGACAUUGAAAGGAAAAACUGUCGGUGCUUGCGUGUCCACAACUUCCAACGACUUCACACAGUUCUAUUCUCAAACAAGACCUCAUGAGAAUCCAACUCAACUCGGAAAUAAUUUGACCCACUUUGUUCGAAAAGCCUUGAAGCAGUAUUACGAUAGCAACGACCAAACUCUGCCGAGCCGCUUGAUCCUCUACAGAGAUGGUGCUGGCGACGGACAGAUUCCGUAUAUCAAGAACACCGAAGUCAAACUGGUUCGAGACGCGUGUGACGCUGUGACCGACAAAGCUGCGGAACUGAGCAACAAGGUUCAGGAAAAGAUCAAACUCGCAUUUAUCAUUGUCACGAAACGCGUGAACAUGCGUAUUCUCAAGCAGGGAUCGUCGCUUGAUAAUGCUAUCAAUCCUCAACCGGGUACCGUUGUUGACACAACUGUCACUCGUCCGGAGAGAAUGGACUUCUACUUGGUUCCACAGUUCGUCAACCAGGGAACUGUAACACCUGUAUCCUACAAUAUCAUUCACGAUGAUACUGAUCUUGGGCCAGACAAGCAUCAACAGCUUGCAUUCAAGUUGUGCCACCUCUACUACAACUGGCAGGGAACAGUUCGUGUUCCUGCUCCAUGUCAAUACGCCCACAAACUCGCAUUCUUGACAGCCCAAUCUCUUCACGAUGAUGCCAAUGGAUGUCUUCGUGACAAGCUGUUCUUCUUGUAAGACCCAUCUUGUCGAUUUCCCGUUUUAACCAUCUGUUCUAUUAAUCAAAAUUCCAUUGUUCAAGAUUUUUAAAAUCUUACUAUUCCCCUUUUUCAAUAGUUUUUUCCCCGUUUUUAGUAGUUCUGUCCCCGUGUUUCAAUAGUGAUUGAAUGCAACUAUGUUGUAAAAUAAAAUAAAAAUUAUGU